AUGCAGGGCACCGUGAGGCUGUGGGUGUCGGUGCUGACUUUCGCCCUGUCGCUGCUGGUCUGCCUGGGGACGCUGGCAGAGGCGUACCCCUCCAAACCGGACAGCCCCGGCGAGGACGCCCCCGCAGAGGACAUGGCCAGAUACUACUCGGCGCUGAGGCACUACAUCAACCUCAUCACCAGGCAGAGAUAUGGGAAGAGAUCAAGCCCAGAUACACUGAUCUCAGACCUCUUGUUGAGGGAAAGCACAGAAAACAUUCCUAGAUCCAGGUUUGAAGACCCUUCCAUGUGGUGAUGGGAUUUUCAGCACACCUUCAGAACUUUUCCUAGUUUUCAGUUCCACACCUCUGAAGAAAAUCAUAGCCUCAUCCCCAGUGCAUGCAGCCAUUGUAUUCUGUAGAGUUUCUCUCCUUCGUCAUAUUUGUAUAUAUUCCUUUAUUUAAAUAAAUUAUUUGUGCAUUCCAAAAUAUAACAUACUAAAUGAAAACAAACAACCAUGUCAUUGGUAUAACAAAGCAUUGUUUUAAACUAUUAAAACUGAAUUAUAACUUC